GACGACGGUUAUGCCCGGCUGUUACGGCGGCAGGUGGAGGAGGUGUUCCGGGACAAUCGGAUGAUUGCCGUCUGUCAGUACAACUCCAUGCCCAGCGAGGACAUGGUGCUGAUGAGGCACUACCUCCGAAAGCACAGCAUUGAGGUCAAGUUCGUCCUGAACGAGAUCGUCAGACCCGUGCUGUCCCAGUCCAAGUACAAGAACCUCCUCCCUCUCUUCGUGGCCCGCAAUAUCCUGCUGGUGAGCCGGGAGGCGAAGGCGAAGGAGAUGCUGCGGGUGCUGAAGGGAGUGCCACAGAUCAACCUCCUGGGCGCCUGCAUCCACGACACCAUCCUGAGCAGGCAGGGAGUGGAGAACUUCGCCAAGCUGCCCUCACUGGAGGCUGCCCAGGGGCAGACCCUGGGUGCCCUGGCCCUCCUGCCCUCCCAGACGUCCUCCCUGCUCCAGCGCGGCUCCGCGCACCUCACGGCUCUCCUGGAUGAGCACAUCCGCCAGCUGCGGGACGGGGAGACGGGGAGCCUG